CGUUGGUGACAAUUAUAACCUAAAAAUAAAUUUAAUUUUAGGCCGACCCAACUUGAGGCUUUUUUAUCUUUAUUAGUUUUCUGUUUAAACAGUUAUUUAUUAUUUUAUGAAUCAUGGCUGAUGAAAUAAUUAGAUACCAGCAAGAAGCAUCAGAAGCAGAGAAGCAGGUUAAUAUACUGAAGAAACAAGUAACUGAUCUGAAAAACGCGAUCAAAAAUAACCUGAUACGUGAAUCGGAGAAUCCUAAAGUAAAUCAAAUAAUCACUGAGAAUAUCAAACUCAAACACAGACUUUCUAUUUUAAAAAGAGCAAUAGCAGUACAUUCACCAGCAGUUAAGCCUCUAGAGGUAGACCUGACAAAGAUGAAUAGUAUUCAGAACAUGUUGGAUGAAGUGUUUGGAGGUGCUAUUAGAACUGCUUUUCCUGAUGUUGUUGAUCCCCCAAUUGUAAUAUCCUUGUCUACAAGAGGACAAGUGGAUUACCAGUGUAAUUCUGCUAUGCAGUUAGUAAACACCUUAAAACAAUUAGGAAUGAAAGUUUCGCCGAGAGAAAUAGCCCAAAAAAUUGUCGACAACGUUCCGCCCCACAUUUUAAUUGACAAAUUGGAAAUAGCCGGUCCUGGCUUCAUCAACAUAUACCUGAGCCGAGAAUACGGUGUAAAAAUUUUGAACAACAUCUUCGAACGCGGCCUACAACCUCCACCGCUCGAGAAAAAACUCAAGGUCCUCGUUGAUUUUUCAUCUCCGAAUAUCGCGAAGGAAAUGCACGUGGGUCAUUUGCGAUCGACGAUCAUUGGUGACAGUAUCAGUAGGUUGUUGGAGUACUUGGGCCAUGAUGUGCUGAGGAUCAAUCACGUAGGUGAUUGGGGAACGCAGUUCGGCAUGUUGAUCACACACUUGCAAGACAAGUUUCCCGAUUACGCUGUUAAAUCGCCGCCGAUAGGCGAUUUGCAAUCUUUCUACAAGGAAUCUAAAAAGCGAUUUGACGAAGAUGAGGCCUUUAAAAAGCGCGCUUAUGCCGCUGUGGUUAAACUACAAUCCUUCGAUCCCGAGUAUGCGAAAGCAUGGCAGUUGAUCUGCGACGUCUCCCGGAAAGAAUUCCAGAAGAUUUAUGACAGGCUGGAUAUUGUUCUACAGGAGAGGGGUGAAUCUUUCUAUCAAUCCAGAAUGGAGGCCAUUGUUAAAGAAUUGGAAGAGAAAGGAUUUUUGGAGGAUGAUGAUGGUAGGAAGAUCAUGUGGGGUGAAGGAACCAUUCCUUUAACUAUUGUUAAAUCUGACGGCGGUUACACUUAUGAUACCUCAGAUAUGGCCGCCAUCAAACACAGGCUUUUUGAAGAAAAAGCUGAUUGGGUAAUUUAUGUGACAGAUGCCGGACAGGCAGUUCAUUUCCAAAUAAUUUUCGCAUGUGCCAAACGGGCAGGAAUCUUGAAUAAUGAAAGAGUUGAUCAUGUUGGAUUUGGCGUUGUUCUUGGCGAAGACAAGAAGAAAUUUAAGACUCGUUCAGGAGAUACAGUUCGACUCUUGGACUUAUUAGAUGAAGGCCUUAAACGUUCUUUAGAUACCCUCAAAGAAAAGGAACGCGACAAAGUUUUAACGCCAGAGGAACUUAAGAAAGCUCAGGAGUCUGUCGCCUAUGGCUGUAUUAAAUACGCCGAUCUAUCGCAUAACAGAAACCACGAAUACGUGUUUUCAUUUGACAAGAUGUUAGAAGAUAAAGGCAACACUGCUGUGUAUCUUUUGUACGCAUUUACCAGGAUACAGUCGAUCGCCAGAAAUGCAAAUCUCUCACCUGAACAAGUAAAAGAAUUAGCUAAGACCAAUUCCGUUUCUCUUUCUCAUGAAAAGGAGUGGAAAUUGGGCAAAGUACUUCUGCGUUUCCCUGAUGAAUUGAUCAAAAUCACCAAGGAUUUAUGCUUGCAUCAUUUGUGCGAAUAUGUUUAUGAAAUCGCUACAACGUUUUCAGAAUUCUACGAUUCUUGCUAUUGUAUUGAGAGGGAUGCUUCAGGUGAUGUUAUUAAAAUCAACGAGGGUAGGAUUUUGUUAACAGAAGCUACUGCGAUGGUUAUGAGCAAAUGCUUUCAUAUCUUAGGACUCAAGCCUGUGUCUAAAAUGUGAUGCAAUAAAUAUUAAUUUAUA